GUUUGGGUUGGAACGUGGUUCCCAGCCAGCAAAAACAAUAGUCCAUCGAUUUUACAAAGGUCCUAUCAAGAUACUCAUCGUCAUCAUCGUCGACGACGACGACGAGCUCGACAUUAAAUGGACCCAGCUACCUAUCAUCCUAUCACAGCUGGCUACGGCUACCCUGACCGUGACAGAGGAUACCAUGAGAGGGACAGAUUGGAAUAUGAGCUUACCGUCAGGCAGGAGCCAAAACAGGCCCGUAUGUGUGGUGUAGGAGCUGACCGACGUCCAAUCGACCCACCUCCCAUAAUUCAACUUCGCGUUAUCGACCCACAAACUCGACAACCUCCUUCUCCAGCUCGCCUGGACGGUGACGACUCAGACCCAAGCUAUGCUCACAGCUUCCUUCAAAACCCUUAUUACUUCAUGUUUGCAAGCCUUGCAAAACCUGACGACGACACUGAACUACAUUGGCUCAAGGAUGGGAAAACACGGUGUACAACUGGUUCAGUUGUCUCCUCCCUCUACCACCUCAAGGAUACCGAAAAUCGCAACGAGGAUGCUGGCUUUUUCGUCUUCCCCGACCUAAGCGUUAGAACCGAGGGUUCUUAUCGUUUGAAGCUCAGCCUCUUCGAAGUUGUCGGCAACACCGUCCGCCACUGUAAAUCGAUAUACUCUGCGCCAUUCUAUGUCUAUACGGCAAAGAAAUUCCCUGGUAUGGAAGAAUCCACACCUCUUUCAUGUUCGCUAGCCGACCAAGGCAUCAAGAUCCGGAUCCGCAAAGACAUCCGUGUUCGCAAGCGUCCCAUUGCUGCACUCGCCGCUCCCAUCGAUACCGAGAACAACAAUAAUGAAGACGAUGAAAAUGAUACCCCGGUUUCUGCAGCUACUUCUUCUGGCCAUUCCAAACGUCCUCGGCACGGCACUGUGUCUUCCAAUGGUGCACCAGACUUGCAGACUCCUACCGGAUCACUAGUGGGACUACCCGCAUGGCCAUCAUCGACGAGCUUAGAUCCCAUGUUAGGUGCUCCAAGUGCACCAGGUGGUGUCGAACUUCCUGCGCCGACUCACCCUCCCCCAUCUGCUCCUACAGGUGGGGCCAUCCCACCGCCUCGUGGCGCCAGCUAUGAAAGCUCGCGCGUGGGAGGUGCCAUACCCCCGCCACCUGGGGCACAGAUGAUAGCCCCACCUACAGCAGCCGCGUAUGAGAAUUCCCGCAGCGCACCACCGUCCGUUCCGUCUGCAUCCUCCACCGUCUCUCAACGGCAAACUAUGCAUCCCCCUGCGCAGACUGCACCUUUUUCAUCAUCCACUCCCGUGUUCAACUCGCAAGGCAGAGUAACAUAUGAGGCUCCCCGCACUUCCACGUUUGAUUCACCACGGUCUGCUUAUGAUGGCGGUCCCAAUCAACGACCGCCGUUCGAGACUUCAAGGGGAGCAUACGAACAGCCAGAUCAGCGGGGAUAUGAAACCUCACGAACAGCGUAUGAGCCUCCGCCACAGCGCACUGCCUAUUCAUCUGGUUAUGACGGUCAGAACACGACAUCCAACACUUUCCAGGAAUCAUAUCCGUCCACUGGACAAUACAGCAGUCAGCCAUCUACCUCCAAUCAAUACCAGCAUCCGCCUUCCUCAUCUCACCCCCAAUAUCCUUCAUCAUCACGGUCUCAGUCGCAAUAUGGAGCACCUCCAUCCAACACAUACCCCACACCUACGCCAUACUCACAAUCACAGUCUAGAUAUGAAUACCCACCCCAGCAGUCGCAGCAAUAUGCUAGUCCAAACGGGGAUUCGUAUUAUGAGUCCUCUCCGGCUGCCUCGUCUGGAACUUCUCACAACCAUGGACAACCAUCCUACUAUCCCUCCAACCCAAUCGUACGAGUUCAACCAUCAACAACCCUACCCAAACUCUAGUGCAAGCGACUUCUACCAACCAUCCAAUUCGACCCACUCCCAGGCCCAAUCCCCUCGCGUUACCUCUCCAGCCCCAUCUCGAUACGCAAACCAACCGUACACUGGUCCCUCUACCGAACAAGCCUAUCCACGGCACCAACAGUCUGCGUAC